UUUAACUACCUUCUUUUUAUUCAUAACUACCAAUUAUAAAACAGGGAAACUUCUGUAACUAGUUUUUUCUGUGUUUGUGUGUGUUUUGAGGUUGAAACUUGAAAAAAUAAAAGAACUUUGAAGAGAAGAGAGAGAAUAAUGGCUGUGGUGGAGAAAGCUGGGAAGAAAGUGAUGGUGGCAAUUGAUGAGAGCAUGUCCAGUUACCAUGCCCUCAUGUGGUUGCUCAAAAAUCUCAGGGAAACCAUCAACAGCUCUGGCAAUCCUCUGCUUAUUUGCAUGGUUCAGCCAUCUCCACCCACUAAUCCCAAUGUCUUCGCUGCUCCUCUUGGCAAUGCUCGCAUCAACUUCCCUAUCUCAUCCAUGGAGUAUGUGAAGUCUGUCCAAGAACAGAACAAGGUGGUUUCAAUGGGGAUUUUAGAGAAAGCUAAGGGUAUCUGUACCAGUCAUGGGGUAAAAGCAGAAACAAUAUUAAUAGCAGAGGUUGGGGAUCCUAAAGUGGCAAUUUGUAAUGCAGUUGAAAAGUACAACAUCAAUCUACUUAUCUUAGGUGAUCAUGAGCUUGGAUUAAUCCAGAGGGUUCUUGUUGGAAGUGUGAGCAGCUACUGUGUUCAGAAUGCCAAGUGCCCUGUUCUUGUUGUCAAGAAACCACAAAUUAAGUAGUUUAUAUUUGUUUAAUUUACUAAUAUUAAUAUGGAAAAUGAGUUGGACGCCCUCAAGGACACACCCCUUUUGACCCUCUCUGCCAAAUUUUUUUUUUUCCUUCCUUCUCCUCCAAUCAUCACCCGCCACCCGCCACGUGUGUGUGGGGUGGUGAUUGGAGGGGCCUCAAUCACUUCCCUAUUAAUAUAUGUGUGGUGUUUAUGUUUGUAUAUUAUUUGAAUGUUCUCUGACAAUGACAUGGUCCCAAUUGUAAAUUAUCCAUACAAGAAGACUUUUUAAUAGUUGAA